UCUGGAGCCCACGCGCUGCAACAAAGAGCCUGCCUGCCGCAAAGAAGACCAGAUGCAGCCAAAUAAGUAAAUAUUUUUUAAAAAAAUGAAUGAAUGGGGCCUACGAAUGCUGGAGGAAGGGGGACAUCAAAGCCAGAGUGCGUCCAAGCUUUACCCCAGGCCGCGCUCCCAGGGUCCACGUUGAAGGUGGAGGGAAGGAGAUGGGGGUGCAGCCUGGUCCUGGGUAAGGGUGUGAGGAACGCAAGGAACGCCCCUGGUUGAUCUGGGCCCAGCCUCCCUCCUUGCCAAUGCCCACAGGGGCUUACAGUCCUUAGCAGGCGCUCGAAUAAGAGCAGGUGAAAUUUGGCUCUCCCGCAUUCCUGUCAAUCACUGGGGACUCGGUGAAUGUGGACAUGUUGACAAACAGAUGGCUCUCUGCCGGAGGGUCUCCAUGUACUGCGGCCCCACUAGGCUCAGUGGGCGGCGCCCGCCUCGCGCUAGCGGGCUCCAGCCUAAUCAGCCCCUUGCAGGACCCGGCGGCGCUGGGGAACGCCCUGGGCGGGGCCAACGUGGGGGCGGGUCCCGCAGGCACGAGGAGGCGGGGUCGGCGACGCCGCGGUCUCUGGUCGGAGCGCGGAGAGUUCGGCUGCAAGCGGCGCGUGCAUGCUGGAAGUUCGCAUCCCGUCGGUGGGGCCCGAGGCCGAGGGGACCCGGCAGAGCCCCGAGAAAGGCCACAUGGUGUUCCGAGUGGAGGUGCUGUACCACGGGCGCAGACACACCGUGCAGAGGCGCUACAGCGAGUUCCACGCGCUGCACAAACGGAUCAAGAAACUGUCCAAAGUGCCCGACUUCCCCUCGAAACGCCUGCCCAACUGGAGGACCAGAGGACUGGAGCAGCGGCGGCAGAGCUUGGAGGCCUAUAUCCAGGGCAUCCUAUACUUGAACCAGGAUGUGCCCAAGGAACUACUGGAAUUCCUGAGUCUUCGCCACUUGCCCAUAGUCCCCAAGGCCAGCAGCUGGGGCGCCCUGGGGGAGUUCCUGCCCAGCAACAGCAGCUCACAGCUGUACCACCGGCCUGUUAUCAGCUUCUGCAUGGAUCCUUAUAUUUGCAUCCCAUCCCCAGAGCCUCUGCCCAACGUGGUGGUGAACGGUGUGCUCCAGGGCCUCUAUAGCUUCAGCACCAGCACAGCUAAAUCCCAGCCCGAGGCUGCCUGUCACCCUGCUCCAGUGCCACCGAUGCCCUGACCAGUCCAGAGGGCUUUAGGCCACCUGCCAGGACAGUCAUGGACCUCAGUCCUCUGAAAGGGACAUGGGCUGGGUCAGCCUUGGCCUGGACCCCGGACUCACCACCCUCCACCCCUCCAGGCUCAGAACUCAGCUGCACUGGUGUCUGAGGUGGUAAGAUCCUGCACUCCUAGAGCCCAGGGGCCAGGGUGGGGACAACAGAGGAUAGGGAAUAAAGGGAGAAUUCCUUUAGAAUGUUUAUAGCCCACCAGUUUGGAGGUGGGCUAUGAAAAGGUACAGGUGUAUUCCUUUACCUAUGUCAGGAGAAAGGCGUGGCGGGGACAUGCAAAGGUUGAGGCACAGUGGCUAGCCAAGUUCAGAAGCAAGGGGCAAAAACUCCUGCUUGACAUUUUGUGCGUAGCACAUUUUUCUGUGAAUGUCCAGAUCUGUUUCCCCCUGCCCUCCCAGACUUGUGUGGCCAGUUGGAAAUGUCUGGUUUGUGUUCAUCUCUCCCUCAUUUCUGGAGCAUUUCUGGAGGGAAAGGGUUCAGGCCGGAACCCAAGGAGGGGACAGGCACCACUGCCACAGGAGCCCCAGACGGGCUGGCACUGGACUUAGGGUCGGAUGGGGGUGCCGGAGGCCCCAGAACCCAGCCCAUACGCAGAUUAUAAAAAAACACCUUUUUUUAAUCGGU